UCAUAAAGAAGUAAAGAAAACACUAAACAUUUUUCAAACAAACGCCCUCGUGUUUUAGUCAUUUGACAUGACCUGAACACAGAGGAAAAAACAUGCAGGGGUAGCUGACAGCCCCGCAGGUACUUUGCAUGGGGUUGUGUUGCGCGCAAAAGACGGUGUGCCACAGCCUGAGAGCGCAUUGCAUGGCUUUACCAGCAGACACCGACCGCACAGACAAGCGGAAAGACUACAUCUCCUUGUCGGCACAACAUCCCAGCGUUCAAUUAUGAGGACAUUUUACCAUCUUCAGUGUGCUUUAGAUGUCUAAAAUGCGUUCCGGCGCCGCGCUGACGCUUCUCGCCGUCCUGGUGUCGCCACUGGGGCUGGAAUGUACAUCAACAUGUCGGAUUGGAAAUCAAACUGGUUAUGUUGAGGGACAGUGUCCUAUAAGUCUAACCUCAAACCCUUUCCCGGACGAAUGGGGGUAUUACUAUGAGUGUGUCACUGUUCAUGUUUGGAUGAAGGCUGAAGACCUUUCAAGGAAAACCGCAACAAUUGAGAUUCUCAAACCAAAGAAAGUGACACUGAGGCCUGUUCUGAGAAAAAGGAACAAAAAGCGUAACAAUAGGAGGUAUCACGGUGAGAGCAGAGUCUUGUGUGAGAGUGGUGUCAUGCAGCAGCUCCCACACAGCAAUACUUCUUUCAACCUGUUCGAGCUGGUAUAUGAAUGUGUCAAGGCUGAAGUUGGAAGUGUAGUUGAUGUGUCUUACAACGCAACCUCAACUCACUGCAAUGACACCUACACAGUUCAAGGUCCCAUGCCAGACUUUGAUCUCUCUGUGGAUCAGUCCUCAAAAUCCUUCAAUGUGACCGUGAAGCCUCAAGAGGAUGUCAAGCCAGUUUAUGCCAAAUGGUGCUACCAAAAGAAUCCAUCUGACUGCAUCGGGGGACCAGAUUCCAAACCAAUAACUAUCGAUUCAUCUCAGUCUCAAUCAGCUCUGCUUAACUUCCCUUACCUGCUGCCCUGUGUGUGCGUCGAGGUAUAUUACACCGACAGAGAUGCUUGGCGGCGUAAAAAGUGCCCACUUCACAUCAACAGCCUCAUAGAUCUUAGAGAUGUCUGGCGCUCAUCUGAAGUCACGCUGUACGAGUCAAUGGUAACGUGGAGCUCAGAGUGUCCUGCCAACAGCCUGAACAUCUCUGCCUCCCUCUGCUGGAUGCAACGCCAACACGUCUGCACACCUGUACUCAACUCCACACUGGACAAGGACGAUGGACCAACCCUGGUGUUUAACACAACUGCUGUGGACAAACACCCCCAGAUGUGUAUGCGGUUUUCUCUACAAGACAGCCAUAAUAUCACUUGCCUCUUCACAAGCGAUAUGUCAACUUGGGAGGUAGAUAUUGGACCAGGCAGGCAGAGCAUAUUAGUGUAUCUUACCUCUUCAUCCCCUGCAAAAUUCUCCGCUCAACUGUGUGUCCUUACUGAGACGGGAUGUACACCAGUGGGACCGAGCCAUUCAGUAACAAUGGAUGGAAAUACCAAGAAAGAGAAAAUGAUAAAUUUGCCCCUUCACUCUCUUGCAGAGAAACCGUGUGCGCAGGUGUGGCAGUCACAUCCUGCUCUUCAUGGAAAGAGAAUUCUGUGCCCAGACUACACACACAACAGAAGUGGCCUAUAUGUAGUGGCAGCUUUGAUAUUUGUAGCUGUUGUUGCAUUAAUGGGAAUUUUCAUCCACCGUGUUACCAAGAGUGGGACUACAGGCUGGCUGUAUAUCCAGAAGCCAUUGUUGCUGGUGUGCUCAUCAGAUCAACCGGCCCACGUCUCUGCCGUGUGUGCGUUUGCUUCAUUCCUUCAAGGGGAACUAGGUGCCACGGUGCACACAGCUCUGUGGGCCCAGAGCUCCCAAAGGCAGGUCGGGGCUGAGGCUGGUGUGGCGGAUCUGGGUCCACUUCCCUGGCUGUAUGGGCAGUGGGAAGCUGUCGGGAAGGCACAAGGAAAAGUGCUGAUCAUUUGGAGUCCUGAAGCCAAGAAGACAUAUGAGAAGUGGAGGGAGGAGAGGGUGAACGUUGAUGCGAAUAGUAGGAAAGAAGAAGAUUACAGGAAAGCAAAUGAGAAAAUCUGCAUAGAGAAGAAGGAGGAUUUGAAACCAAACGAGAGAAAAUGCAAAAAAGCUGCAGGAAACAAAGAAAGUGUGCAAUUAUGUGAUGGUAAAGACUGGUGCCCACAGAAAGAGGCCUCCAUGGUGAUAGGACCGGUGUUUACAGCUGCCCUGGCCUGCCUAGAGGGGGCACUGCAGCGGGGCAAAGGUCAAGAAGUUGCCAUCAUCUAUUUCCAGGGCCUUUGUCACAGCAGGGACAUCCCAAAGGCCUUCAGAGGUGUCCCUCGGUUCUGCUUACCGCAGGAUUUCUGGGGUUUAAUACAGGAGCUAGGAGAGAUGAGAAGACAGACAAAAGCUGGUAAAUACAGGUGGCACUGCUGGCCCAGACUCCUUUCUAAAGUGCUGUCAGUGUGGCUGGCACAGCGACUGGCUCAGAGGCUGCAAACACUGCUACCUAAGAUGCAAGGAAAUAAAAUGCAAGGCCUGAGGACCACAUCAUCAAUUAAAAUGACGUCAAAUAAGACAAGCAGGCUCAAGUUGCCGCUGGCAUCCAGACCUGGAACUGUACAAGAGCAAGAGCUCCUCUGUGGGUCGCUAUGGAGAGCAGAGAAGCUUAAAUCUCAAGUUUCACAUGGCAGAACUGUUCUGCUGGAAACAUGAUCUGCCCAACACGGGAGCCCGUGUUAAAUUGUGAUCGCCUUACAGCCGCUCACUCUGUAAGAACUAUUCAUUGCUGGACACCAUCAGGUCAAAAAUGCCACCACUUGUUUUGCAUAUGAAGGAGCGGUAAACACUCCAUCCUGCCUCCUGCAUUCAGCCUCUAACAGAAGGUUCUUUGUGUUGUUUUCGUGACUGAAGCCAUAGCGAACACCUGUCUUAUCUCUGUAAAUAUGCUAACUACUAUGAAAAUCUUGUUGCAAAUGAUACCCUAGUUGCUUUGUGAAAGCAUUUAAUGUUUGAAAGUGUUGUGAAAGCACAGGUGACCAGCUGCACUGCUGCUGUUUAGGGAAACUCACAAAUUUGUAUGGGAUUGUCUAGAACACGCACAUUAAGCCAAAGCAGUUCCAGGAAAUUCAGUAUUAGAGUGCAGAAGGUGGAAGAAAUGAAGUGUGCUUGACUGAGGUUAAUUGUGGUCAUAUGUUCAAAGCUUUUAUGUCAUCUUAGGUCAACUUGCUCAACAAUAAAGAUGCAACAUUAAAA